AUGAAGGUUAUGGUAGUUAUGUUGUUUAUAUGUAUGGUGUUACAUAUGUCUCAUGGCGACACUAUCCAUGGAGUGAAUGUGCCUGCUUCUACUACUCCUAAGUCAUGGACUAAGAAGUUGGGCGAGAAGGCGAGCAAGGUGCUGUACGGUCUGUCGGUGAUCGGUCAGGUCCAAGGAAUAGUACAAAGAGGUCGGAGAGGACACACACAUAAAGGAACAAACAGCUCUCAAAAAAAACAACAUAGCAUAUGA